AAAAAAUUAAACACAAAAUACAAGGCGUUCAAAAUUAAUUCACUUCCCCCCACACACUCCCUCUGCGGCGCAAUUUCUCUAAGACGUCGACGGCCUUCUCUCACUCGCCGCCGCUUCAAACGCCUUGCCCCUGGGUUGGCCGUCGCGUACUGCUUCCCUUUUUACUCCUGCCUCAGUGCUCUGCCAACUGAGUUUAGGAAUGGGGGUGGAACAGGUUCUGAGUACAGCUGACAGAAGUUCACAUGAAACCACACCAGAAACAAUCAAGGCCCUGCAUGAGACAAUUUCUACCUGAAAACAGGGUUCUGGUUUCUGGUCUACAAAAUAACCAAAAAAAAAGAGGAGAAUUUCUCCCCUAGGUGGCGAGCAGACAGAAUCCAUGGGAAACCCGAUGUGCUUCGAGUGUCUGCAGCGGUGCAUCAGAGAGGACCUAUCAGAUAGGCUCAUCUUUUGCUAUGGCCUCUCCGAUUCUCAUCUUCCCUUUGGAUCCACUGCCGUAGUUCGGCUGGAGAGUUCGAGCGCAGAACCAUCUCCUGAGUUUGUAGUCAAGUAUGUGCCGUACCAAAAAGGGGAUUGUUUGGCAAAAUUCAUUGAUGAGCAUUGUUCGCAACUUCUUGAAUUUGGUGACAGUAACAAUGCAGUGCUAUUUGAAAAAGAUCAUGAUCAAGCAGAGGCCAGUAUUGGACUUUCUGGUGAUAAAACUACUUCCUUAGAUAAUACAUCAACUGAAUGUCAAGAUUUCUUGAAAGGUUGCAGAAAUACAUCCACUUAUGGAUUAGGGUGUGAAAAGUUGACCUGCAAAUUUUUUGGUAGGUUUUCUUGUUUCAGGGCUUUCACUGCCCUGGUUCCAACUGCUCAGAUUGGCAUUUCUCCAUACCCAUUGUUUGAAGAUCUUGCUUCACACUUCUUGUCUGGGUCUAUUGAAGAUCAUAUUUUACGUUCCCUUACGCAUCUGGUAGAAGGUAAAGCUUCUGGACGAGAUAGUGUAAAUUUUCUUAGGCUUGUUGGGACACCUUCAUUCACUGAGAAUAACUUUCCUGGUUGUAUAAGACAUCCCAACAUUUCACCAAUUUUUGGAAUGCUAAAGACAUCAAGUCAAAUCUGUUUGGUGCUCCCAAAAACUGCUCAUACCCUGGAAAAUGUCAUACAUUACAGCCCAGGUGCCUUGAAGUCUGACUGGCAUAUGAGAUUUCUGAUCUACCAGUUACUUUCUGCACUAGCUUACAUGCAUGGUUUAGGGGUUACCCAUGGUAAUCUCUCCCCUUCCUGCAUAGCACUCUUUGAUUUGUCUUGGUGUUGGCUGCCAAUUGCGGAUAAGUUCCUCCUAAGUUCUUAUUCAAGUGCAAUAGCUGAAGCAUGCAAAUGCCUUUCACAUAGCGGUUUUGAUGCAUGCUUUUCUCAAGGACUUUAUGCAGAUUUGAGGCUUUCCCAGUAUAAAGAUUGGCAUUCAAGCUUCAAUAGAUGGUGGAAAGGUGAAAUAAGUAACUUUGAGUAUCUCCUAAUCUUGAACAAAUUAGCUGGAAGAAGAUGGGGUGAUCAUGCCUUUUAUACCGUAAUGCCAUGGGUUGUUGAUUUUUGUGUAGAACCUGAUGAGAAUAAUGAUGCUGGGUGGCGAGAUUUAUGUAAGAGCAAAUGGCGGCUGGCAAAGGGUGAUGAACAGUUGGACUUCACAUAUUCAACAUCUGAAAUCCCACAUCAUGUGUCAGAUGAGUGCUUGUCUGAACUGGCUGUCUGCAGCUAUAAGGCAAGGAGAUUACCUUUGAGUGUUCUGCGAAUGGCUGUUCGUUCAGUUUAUGAACCAAAUGAGUAUCCUUCAAACAUGCAAAGGCUCUAUCAAUGGACACCUGAUGAGUGCAUUCCAGAAUUUUACUGUGAUUCACAAAUAUUUCAUUCCAUACAUCCUGGUAUGUCUGAUUUGGCAGUGCCUUCAUGGGCAGGUACUCCCGAACAUUUUAUCAAGUUGCAUAGAAAUGCUUUAGAAAGCAAUCGAGUUUCAAGCCAAAUUCAUAAUUGGAUCGAUAUCACCUUUGGCUACAAAAUGUCUGGCCAAGCGGCUGUUGCUGCCAAGAAUGUGAUGUUGCCUGCAUCAGUGCACAUGAUACCGAGGUCAAUGGGGCGCCGUCAGCUUUUCACUAGACCACAUCCUCCUCGUCUUGUUGGUACCAUAGCAAUUUGUGACCGGACCAAUGGAUCAACUAUGUGUGAGAAGCCUGUAAGUUAUGUGGCAGGGGAAGCUUCAUUUUUGCAAGAACUGGAAGAAGCAACUUUGUUUAGUGAGCAUUCAAGGAUGUUGAGCCCCCUUUAUUACCCACAUCUAAAUGAUGCCAUAGAACUUGACUGUUCUGUAAUAAAGCAUUCAACUAAGAAUACAGAAUACCCAAAGUCCAGUGCGGAUGGUGAUAGCAGCAACUUUAUCAUGCCUUCAGUUACUGAUUUGAAUUACCUUCUCAAGAAUAUUGAAGUUGGUGAUGACACAUCUGUGGGAUACCAAGAGCUACUGCUAUGGAGACAAAAAUCUUCUUUUUCGAGUACUGCUUCUCAAAAUGCUUCGAAUGACAUAUUUGCAGUUGGAUGCAUCUUAGCAGAACUGCACUUGAGAAGACCACUUUUUGAUCCAACCUCGUUAGGUGUGUACUUGGAGAGUGGUGUCUUGCCUAGAAUGAUGCAAGAACUCCCUCCUGAAACUCAAGUAUUCGUUGAAGCUUGUGUUCAUAAGGACUGGAGGAGGAGGCCUUCUGCAAAAUGUCUUUUGGAAUCUCCAUACUUCCCCUCGACCAUCAGGGCAUCCUACAUAUUUCUUGCACCCCUUCAACUUCUAGCGACAGAUAAAUCACGUCUAUGUUAUGCUGCAACUUUUGCAAAAAAAGGAGCGUUUAGAGCAAUGGGGCCAUUUGCUUCUGAAAUGUGUGCUCCCAACUGCUUAAAAUUUUUAUUGAAUCCUUUAACAGAUGCUGAAGCUGAAUGGGGUUGCAUAAUACUGACUGAGUUUUUGAGGUGUCUGAAUCCAAUAGCAAUAAAGAAGCUACUUGUACCUGCAAUCCAGAAGAUUCUACAGGCUGUAGGUCCUUCACACUUGAAGAUUUCUAUUCUUCAAGGCUCAUUUGUGCAGGAAAUAUGGGACAGAAUUGGAAAACAAGCAUAUUUGGAGACAAUACAUCCUUUAGUGAUAUCCAACUUGUUUCUUAGUUCUCAUAAGACUUCUGCUGCUGCUGCCUCUGUUCUAUUGAUCGGUUCUAGUGAAGAGCUCGGCAUACCAAUUAUGGUUCAUCAGACAAUUAUGCCUCUCAUCUACUGUUUUGGCAAAGGGCUUUGUGAUGAUGGAACUGAUGUCGUGGUUAGAAUUGGGUGUCUUAUUGGAGAAAACUUCAUUGUCAAACAGAUUCUUCCGUUACUAAGAAGUGUCAUCCAAUGUUGCAUUGAUAAUUCAAAUGCAAAUAAGCCUGAGCCUAUCCAGAGUUGGAGUGCUUCAGCUCUAACAGAUUGUUUGACAACUUUAGAUGGUCUUAUUCCAUCUUUGCCAAGGGAGAUGAUUGUUAGAGAACUCAUUGAAGAUGGAAAAUGCCUACAUCUUCAGGUUCUCAUGCAGGACAAUCUGGGUAUUCAGGUGCUUCAGGUCACAUCAAGAAGUCUCAUUGCAAUUUGUCAGCAAAUUGGACCUGAUUUAACUACAUUGCAUGUCCUUCCAACACUCAAAGAGUUAUUUGAUGACCUUGCUUUCUCCCAGGAGAAAACCAAUCGUUCUGAAAUUCAGGGAGGAAAGCUAAGAGUGCCAAGGAUACAGGCAGGAGAAUACACUGAUAAGGGAAGCUACACAGACAUUGUGUUGUUUUUGUAUCCAUCAUUUGCAUCUCUUCUUGGUAUUGAGAAACUCCGCCAAUGUUGUACUACGUGGUUGCUACUGGAGCAGUUUCUUCUACGGAAUUAUAAUUGGAAGUGGGAAUCCAUCUCGGAGUCUUCUCGAUGUCGUGCAGAAAAUUCAUAUGCUAGAAGACCAACAGUUGGUGAGAGCUUUGUAUCCGGCUAUUCCCCUGCUAACAUGUUGCUUAAAGGGGCAGGGUGGUCAACACCGCAAUCACAAGGACAUAUAGGUACCAAAAAUUUAGUCCCAAAUAAAAAUUUGUCCAAUCAUCAUCCAAAUUCCGGAGAGAGGCAAGCUGGGGGCUCAGAUUUUGGUACUCUUCAACCCUGGUAUUGGUUCCCUGGCCCAAUGGCUAGCUCUGAGAGGCCUGAUCUUAUUGGCCGUCAUGGAGGUCCAAAAGAUGAAUUUCCUUGGAAAAUUCGAGCAUCUAUUCUGCAUUCUGUUCGAGCACAUCAUGGAGUGCUAAGAUCUAUAGCAGUUUGCCAAGAUGAAUGUAGUAUUUUCACAGCAGGAGUUGGUGCAGGUUUCAAAGGAACUGUUCAGAAGUGGGAGCUUUCAAGGGUGGAUUCUGUUUCUGGCUACUAUGGCCAUGAAGAGGUUGUGAAUGAUAUUUGUAUUUUGACGUCUUCCGGUAGAGUAGCUUCGUGUGAUGGGACUGUACAUGUUUGGAAUGGACAAACAGGGAAAUUGGUUUCUGUUUUUUCUGAGUUCUCAAAUUCUAUGGAUAUUAGAAGGCCUCCAUCGAAUGCUUCAAAGUCAAAUGCAGACCAGGCAAACACUCUCCAUUUCAACUCAUUAUCUAGUGGAAUAUUAAAUACAGCAUUUGAUAGUAGUUUGUACACUAGUAUGCAUUACUUGGAAUUUCUUAAUAUGCUUGCAGUGGGUACUGGAAAUGGUUCACUCCGAUUCAUUGAUGUCAGACAAGGUCAAAAGCUUCAUCUCUGGAGAAGUGAGGCUAUUGAAUCCAACUUUCCUUCCCUGACUUCAUCCAUUUGCUCGUGUGGUUCUACUGAAGUUCAAGUCGAUGGAGCAACUACCUUUCCAUCUUGGAUUGCAGUUGGACAAAGUUCUGGUCAUUGUAGGUUAUUUGACCUAAGGAGCGGUAAUAUUAUUGCUUCAUGGCAGGCUCAUGAUGGAUUUGUGACAAAGUUAGCUGCACCAGAGGCACAUUUGCUUAUUUCAAGCUCCCUUGACCGGACGUUAAGAAUUUGGGACUUGAGAAGGAAUUGGACAUCAAAACCUUUGGUUUCCCGAGGACAUAGUGACGGUGUAUCUGGUUUCUCAGUUUGGGGACAAGAUGUGAUUUCAAUAUCCAGAAAUAAGAUUGGACUUUCUUGUUUAGCUAGGUCUGCAGAUGAAGAAGGGCAACAUGUUGUUCCUCAGUAUUUAUACAUGGGAGAUGGGGAAUCGAGGAACAUGUCUGUGUUAUCGAGCAUAAGUAUCCUGCCUUUCUCUCGGCUCUUUGUGGUUGGCACAGAAGAUGGUCAUUUGAAAAUCUGUUGCUAGACCGGCUGUUGGCAUGGCAUACAAUGAAUUCUUCUGUCAGUCAUGCAAUUGCUUCAUUUUCAAGUAGUCUCCGAUCUAUGAAAGCGUGCUGAUUUAAGUACACCAUAUUUUCUGCUUCCAUUUCAAUACUGGAUUGUUUCUGCUUUCAGUAUUUGUAAAGCAUAACCAAUUAAAUUAAAUUAUAUGCUUAUUUUAAUCCUGGACAAA